UUCGUUCCUCUUCUUCUUUUUUUCUGCUCUCACGACUUUUCAUCUUCUACUCUAAGAGUUCCCUAAUUAAUCCUUUAAUCCAGUUGCUUCUCUCUCCCCCCUCGUGCUCACUGUCGUCCACCACUCCCCCAAGUCGACAUUUUUUUCACUAUUACUCAACCCAAAAAAAAAAAAAAAGAAAAGUAAUCCGCCCUUCCCUCACAAUGCCUUCCGCUGCACCUCUCGCGACCUCCGGCGAUGGAAACCUUCGCGCAAAUGACAACAUCCGCCGCUUCGAGGCCGCCAGCAGACCGCUGACCCCCCUGGAACACAAUCUCUUUCACAACAAGACGCGAUGCUUCGUAUAUGGCAUGCAGCCCAGAGCCGUCCAGGGGAUGCUGGACUUUGACUUCAUUUGCAAGCGCACCACACCAUCCGUCGCAGGUAUCAUCUACACCUUCGGUGGACAAUUCGUCAGCAAAAUGUACUGGGGCACAAGCGAGACUUUGCUGCCGGUUUACCAGAGCGUAGGCAAGGCCAUGGCAAAACACACAGACGUUGAUGUCGUCGUCAACUUUGCUUCCUCGCGAAGUGUGUACAGCUCUACCAUGGAGCUGAUGCAAUACCCUCAGAUCAAGACCAUCGCCAUUAUCGCCGAAGGUGUCCCGGAGAGACGUGCCCGCGAGAUCAUGGUUACCGCAAAGGAGAAGGGUGUUACGAUUAUCGGUCCCGCCACCGUCGGCGGUAUUAAGCCUGGUGCUUUCAAGAUCGGUAACACCGGAGGUAUGAUGGACAACAUCGUUGCCUCCAAGCUCUACCGCAAGGGGUCUGUUGGCUACGUCUCCAAGUCCGGUGGUAUGUCCAACGAGCUGAACAACAUUGUCUCUCAAACCACCGACGGUGUCUACGAGGGUAUCGCCAUCGGUGGUGAUCGGUACCCAGGAACCACCUUCCUGGAUCACUUGCUUCGAUUCCAAGCCGACCCUCAAUGCAAGAUCCUGCUUCUCCUCGGUGAAGUUGGCGGUGUUGAGGAAUACCGUGUCAUUGAGGCUGUGAAGAAUGGCACCAUCACCAAGCCCGUCGUCGCAUGGGCUAUUGGUACUUGCGCAAGCAUGUUCAAGACCGAAGUUCAAUUCGGUCACGCAGGUGCGUCGGCAAACUCUCAAUUGGAAACUGCUGUGAUGAAGAACCAGGCCAUGAGAGAAGCCGGCAUCCAUGUCCCAGACACCUUUGAAGAGCUCCCCGAGGUCCUCAGAGCUGUCUACCAGAAGCUUGUCAAGCAAGGAAUCAUCAAACCACAGCCCGAACCUAUCCCCCCCAAGAUCCCUAUCGACUAUGCCUGGGCCCAGGAAUUGGGUCUUAUCCGUAAACCUGCCGCUUUCAUUUCUACCAUCUCCGACGACCGUGGCCAAGAGUUGCUGUACGCCGGAAUGCCAAUCUCGGAUGUCUUCAAGGAAGACAUUGGGAUCGGCGGUGUCAUGUCUCUCCUGUGGUUCCGCCGUCGCCUUCCCCCUUAUGCCAGCAAGUUCUUGGAGAUGGUUCUGAUGUUGACUGCCGAUCACGGUCCGGCUGUGUCCGGCGCCAUGAACACCAUCAUCACCACCAGAGCCGGAAAGGAUUUGAUCAGCGCCUUGGUGUCUGGUCUUCUCACCAUUGGAUCACGCUUUGGUGGGGCUUUGGACGGUGCUGCCGAGGAAUUCACAAAGGCCUUCGACAAGGGUCUCAGCCCACGUGAUUUUGUCGAUACAAUGCGCAAGGAAAACAAACUCAUUCCCGGUAUCGGCCACAAGGUGAAGUCGCGCAACAACCCCGAUCUCCGUGUCGAGCUCGUCAAGGAAUUUGUCGUCAAGCACUUCCCUAGCCACAAGUUGCUCGACUAUGCCAUUGCCGUCGAGACAGUGACUACGUCCAAGAAGGAUAACCUCAUCCUCAACGUCGACGGCUGUGUUGCCGUCUGCUUCGUCGAUCUCAUGCGCAACUGUGGAGCUUUCAGCCCAGAAGAAGCCGAGGAUUACUUGAGCAUGGGUGUGCUGAACGGUCUUUUCGUUCUUGGCCGUAGUAUCGGUUUGAUUGCCCAUUACCUCGAUCAGAAGAGACUGCGCACUGGUCUGUAUCGUCAUCCUUGGGAUGAUAUUACAUACUUGCUCCCAACUCUGCAGAAGGGAGGUGCAGAAGGCCGUGUGGAAGUUAGCAUGUAAACAGGGGGUCCCUUUUUUGACAAUUUUCUCCUUUUAACCUCCUCUUAACAAAACAAUGAAUGAUAUUAUGGGAUCCUCUUUACAGACUAGGGUAAUUACUUCUUCUUUUCUACGUGUCUCUUGAAUUCCCUUUUUAAUAUUCUUGUGUGUGAUCCUAUUAUUGUUGCGGGUUGCUUUUUUGUUGAGCACCCCAAUUUUUGAUAUGUGCAUAAUCCCGGUCUUAUUCCCAGUUCACCGCCAUGAUUACUGUGGGAAAGACCCGGCCAGAACCUUUAUGAGGAGAAAAUCACGGGAGAGUUAAUGAACAUGUUGGUAAAACGGGGA